CUCUCUCUCCUGUAGGCAGAAGGCGGUGAUUUUACCCUCCUUCUACAUGUAGUGGUUUUUUUUCCACCCUGAAGUUUGUUGAUCAGAAGAGUUGAGAUCGGAAUAACCUCGGAUUACUCUUUCAUUUCCAGGAUAUAGACGCUCUAGUCUAUAAACACACCAUACACACUCAUACACACUCACACACACUUAUAGACGGAUUGAGAAGCGGACCACAGUGAGACCCGCGAGGCGUCAAAAACUAUGAAUCGGAGUUUUAAUAAUAAGGCGCAAAGUUUGCGCCACUCGGAUCUGGACGCAGUGGAAGUCAAGAGCAAAUAUGGUGCCGAGUUUCGCAGGUUUUCAGUGAACCGAGCGAAGCCCGGCAAAUUCGACGAGUUCUUUAAGCUGAUCGUGGACCUCCAUCGCAUCGCCAACAUGGAGGUGAUGAUCGGCUACGCAGACAUCCAUGGAGACCUGCUGCCCAUCAACAACGAUGACAACUUUUGCAAGGCUGUGUCCACUGCGCACCCGCUGCUCAGGAUCUUUAUCCAAAGACAAGAGGAAAUUGACUACAGCACCUUUGGCACCAACACACUAACCCGAAAGAAAAAAGCCGUGGUCGCCCUGCGCAACGACCUGAACAGGAAGCGGCCGCAAAUCCGCAUCGGCUUUCCUCAGGACUUCCGUCCUGUAUCGUCAAUCAUCGACGUGGACAUCGUGCCCGAGUCGCACCGGCGUGUGAGGCUGUACCGUCAUGGCUCGCACAAACCUCUGGGGUUCUACAUCCGAGACGGAACAAGUGUACGUGUCACGGCGCACGGCCUUGAGAAGGUCCCGGGCAUCUUUAUCUCGCGAAUGGUCCCUGGCGGCCUGGCGGAAGGAACAGGCUUGCUUGCGGUCAACGAUGAGGUUCUCGAGGUCAAUGGAAUCGAGGUGACGGGGAAGACCUUGGACCAGGUGACCGACAUGAUGAUCGCCAACAGCCACAACUUGAUUGUUACGGUGAAGCCGGCUAAUCAGCGCAACAAUGUGGUGCGUGCCAGCCGCGUGUCCGGAAGUUCGGGUCAGUCUUCGGAUAGCAGCAGCAGCUCGGGCAUCACCAGCAUGCAGUCUCUGCCUUCGUCCAUGCCCGCCGUGAGCUCCAGCUAUGGGCACGACGACCUAGACAGCGAUGAAGAGUCGGACAUUGUCAUCGAGAACAGCAUCAGUCGCCAGACUCGCCAUUCGAACGCCUCUCUGGCAUCGCUCACGUCUCGAUCCACUCAGUUGACCUCCGCCUCGCCGCCCAAACCUCAAAGCAGACCGCUCUCCGCCGUGUCCACGGCUUCCUUCCAUUCUCACGCCAGCCUCAAUGGAACAGGCCAUAACAGCCUGAGCUACAGGCUUCACAGAGACCUGAACCUUCAUCACACGUCCUACAACGGUGCCAGAGAAAGCAACGGCAGCCUCCACAAAAUCCUCAGCAGCCUGAGGACGGACCCUCGGAACAGCCUGGUGCUACCCAGCGGUGGAGUAGAGGAGGAUGGCAUGGUCAUCACGCUAUAACACACACACACACACACGCUUAUUAUAUUGCCUUCUAAACCUAAUCCCACCCAGAGACUUUACAGCCUGGAGCAACAGACUUGAUGUGCUUUCCUCAAGCUUUUUUGUACAAUGUAAUUUAACAUCUUUUUACUCGUUUUUCUUAAAUGACAUGUCUUAUCGUAUCCAUCGGGGGGGGCGCAUACGGGAAAUUGUGGUACAUGUGUCUUUUAUAUCGGUUUUCCCUUCUUUUUUUUCCUUUUUACUACUUUUCUAGAGCCACUGAUUAAAAUUUAACACCACAAAUGUCAUUUAUAUCAAAUUUGAUCAUUUUUUCUAAAUCAGAUUGGUGUUUGUUCAUACAGUACAGUUUUUCAAAAGUUUUCCCAAUACCAUAAGCAGUCCACUGGAAUUCUGGGAGAUAUAAACAACCAAUCAGCUCAGACUUUUCUUCAUGCUUUUACCAAAGUGUCACCGACUCUGUUCUGUGGCUUUAAAUUUCAUUCCAGCUAAAGGAGAUGUAGGACUUUCGUCACUGUGCUUUGGUGAAUCACUAUAACUUCACAGAUCUGUUUCUUUUUAAACAUAAUGCACCUUUGGGAAUAUGGUUUUGACUUUUUUGCUGGGAUUCCCCAGACCACCCCUAAACCCCCACCUACUAUAAAUUGGCUUAUAUGUAAUGCUGUUUGCUGACUAACAAGCAGGAAUUUUUGUCGGUUACCUCCUAAUGAAUUCUCAGCUCGGGCUCGUGACACGAGUACACACAGCUGUGUACAGUCUCUGUUCUCCAGAGAUGCUUCAGUGUUUAGCUUCCACAUGCAGGUGCUAGCGGUCCUUAAAAGAAAUAAAUCCCCCCCUUGAGCGAC